CAAGGAUUUGCUGGAAAAGACUGCUCCUUACGAGUGUUUGGCAUAGCCACAGAGCGAAAGAGAAAGAAAACUAAGGAUAACUUGAAGAAGCCGUCAGUUCCUCUACUAACUGCCUGUUCCGAAUUGAAUUGUGGAAACGGAGUUUGUAGAGUGCAAAAUAAUCGUCCUAGUUGCCGCUGUCCGGAAGGAUUUGUGGCACAGGACUGCUCUCUUGGUUCUCAUGUUCUAUCAAUGACAAAGGGUUUCCUGACUUUAACACCAACGGAUCAACUGCGAACAGAAUUGGCGCUAAACUAUUCUCCGCUGAUUAGUAACGAGUUUUGCAACGGUAGCCAAUCAAUAUCAAUCGAUUUCCGUACGAUGAACUCUAAUGGAGUCAUUGUUGCACUCUCCUAUGAAGCUGAAUUUGCUGUAAUUGAACUGCAUUCAUCCGUUGUUCGUUACCGCGUGUUCGAUAGCUAUCGCACUCCCAUUGAGAUCACGCUCGAUAGCCAAACAGUGGACGAUGGCAACUGGCACCAAGUCGCACUUGAGCUCAGCGAAGAUCGCAAAACGGUAAAUAAACAGUGA